AACAUCUUUCUUUCCAAAUGCAUUUCGGCUGUUCUGUUUUACUGAUAUACUCUGCUCUACUCAGCUCAGGUUUUGGGAGGUGAGGAGGUGACCCUGUCUUCUUCUCCACAUAAAAACUGAAGACAUCUCCGUUUGUUUGUUUUCCUAGAAAAAGAAUCAAGAAAAUUUGAGGCGGAGAAAUGUAUGCAGAGACAGGACAUUUCUUCCCUUAUUUGCAGAAUUUUGGGCAGGAUAUGCAGCUGAAACCCAAUGUUUUAAUGAGCAACUUGGUCUGGAUCCCAACAAUAUCUGAAUAUGAUCUGGGAGGAGAAGGGGACUUAUUUAAAGCUCCAGAACCCAUCAUUGAAGAACCAGCUGUGGGUCUUGAUCCCAUUACAGCAGCCUUGUCAAUUAUCUCGUGUGGUGAAGAUUUCACUUCACAAGGACUUAAGGCUGCAGAGAUUGAAUCUAUCCAGAAUGAGCAGUUUUUGAGAGAUCUCUAUGAGCACGAGAAGGAUCUCAUGGCAGCAGUAGAAAUGGACAUACCACCGUCUGAGAUCCCAGAUGUCAAGAUUCCAGUUAUGAAGAUAGAUGGAAGCCAAAAUCAAGAAAAUAAAGUAAUUCCUGAUGUACCUUUCCAGAAAAGUGUCAGCUCAAGUUGCCUAAGCUCAAUGGAAUGGAUGCAAGGGGCUGCAAUGAAUUCUAAUUUUCUCAAUUUCCCUGGAGUGGAUUAUGCUACUUAUGGAAUGAGGAGAGCAUAUAGUGAAGGGGACAUAAAGACUCUUGGCAAUGGUAAUAUGAGCCUCAUCCCUUCUCUUGAGCGGCCAUUAGUCAUCGGCAGCUGCUCCACCGAAGAUAGAAGGGAAAAGCUUUCUCGAUAUAGGAACAAGAAGACAAAGAGGAACUUUGGAAGGAAAAUAAAGUAUGCUUGCAGGAAGGCUCUUGCAGACAGUCAACCAAGGAUCCGUGGAAGGUUUGCCAAGACUGAAGAAUCUGAUACUUGCAAGAGGGAAUGACUUAACUAAUUAAAUACCAAGAAAAACGAGUAGCUGGAUGCAGAGAGGUGAUGUAGAAGAUUAGUAGUACGCUUCAACCCAGUAUUUUCAAAUAAACAAGAGCCCAGCUACUCAAAAGUAGUUCUCUUAUGCUGUAAUAACAACCACCUCUGUAAUGGAAAUGGCAACGCAGGAUGUAUAUAGUGUUUGUUCAAUAAAAUGAAGCAGAAAUU